ACCGUUUUUUCUAACGUCCUUCUUCCCGUUGAGCUAAUCGGCUUCGGUCAACGGCUACACCUGCUCACAAUUUUUAACAUUUAUCGUCUCACAAGUUAACAAAACAUGGAAGACUUUGACAUGCUGAACGCACCGGUCGCUGGAAACGGUGUCGGCUCAGAUGAGGACCCAGCUGCUGCCUUCUUGGCCCAGCAGGAGAGCGAAAUCGCUGGCAUUGAAAACGACGAAGGCUUCAGCAUUCUGGACAGUGGAGAGGUCCCCUCUUCGCUGGUGGACUCCAACGAUGGCACUGUCAACGGAGACCUUCACGGGGAAAGCAAUGGUCCAUCAGAUGCUUAUGCAGCAAUUUCCAAUGCAGACCGACUGCAGGCUGAACCAGAAAGUCUACGCAAGUGGAGAGAAGAGCAAAGAGAGAGACUGGAGGUUCUAGAUGCCAACUCUCGCAAGCAGGAGACUGAGUGGAAGGAGAAGGCAAAGGUGGAGCUGGAGGAGUGGCACACCAGACAGAAUGAGCAGCUGGAAAAAACCAAAACUAAUAACAGGGUGCUGGACGAAGACUUCUACAAACAGCCCUUCUCUGAGCUCAUUGGUUAUGUCACACACAUUAACCAUCCUUGCUACCGUCUAGACCAGGCGGCUGAGGAGGCCAUGAUUUCAGAUCUAGAUGAGAACAACCCUGGUACAGAGUGGGAGCGGGUGGCUCGGCUCUGUGACUUCAACCCCAAGUCCAGCAAGCAAGCCAAAGACGUGUCCCGCAUGCGCUCCGUCCUCAUCUCCUUGAAGCAGUCCCCGCUUGUCCGCUAGACCUCCGAAGCUGUUGAGGACAUCAUUCCAAAUGAUCCCGCCACCACACACCCCAACCAACUGAACGAUGUCCCAUAGUCUGUAUUCUGAAGACAAGGACUUACAUCCCUUAUGUCCACGUAUUUGCCUUCCACAUUAGAUUUUCUUUCCUCUCUCCCAGUGAAAGGAUAUAGCCAGUGGUCUCAUCCCCUACCAUCUCGUCUUUGCAGGGCCCUAGAGAAUAUCUUUAAAUCACCAGCUCGCUGAUAGGAUGUUGUCUGUGUGCACCUUUUCCACAGACCAAUCAAAAGCUUGUAAUUCCUUUUUGCUGUUUAAUGAAUCAAGGUGAAGGCCAGAUACUUCUACAUCAGUUUAUGUUAAUUCUGAGGAGUUGGGACACUAAAAGGGAAGGGUUGAUAUUUGUUUGGGCCUUCAGCUACACUACACUCGGCUUCACACAGCCACCAAACAAUGUCAUUCCCACAAUGCUGUAUGCUAACCUAAUCUGAGUCUUGAUUUAUAGGGUUCAUGUUCAAAUGUUUGGAUUUAUCUUUUUGGCUCUAUCACAUCACCUCAUGUUUUCCCUCAAUACAGAACAUUAUAAUAAAAUUUUCUUUGACUUUAUUCAGUUUUUUUUAAGGACCAAACUUUAGCGUGCUUACUUAAACUCUGUGUGUGUGUGUGUGUGUGUGUGUGAGAGAGAUUUUGUGUUAAAAUUUCCAAUCUAUGCAUUUCCUUUUUGAACAACGCCUCCUCUCCAAUUAGGAACUGAGUAAAGUGCAGUCAUUACAGUACUUGUGGCCGGUUAGUAGAUUUAAACCUCAACGGUGUGUGUGUGUGUGUGUAUCUACUCUAUGCGUGUUUCUAUGUACAGAUACAGAAGCAAAUAUAUAUACAGUAUAUAAAACAUCUAUGUCAGUGAAGUUAGAAAAUUAUAAUGUUAAUGAGACAUUAGACAUUUGUUGCUUGACCAUGCCUACUCAUUGUCCCUUUUGAUUACAGUAAAAAAAUGACUGAAAA